AUGCUUGGCCUGAACCUGAGCGUGGCGUCCUCCGACACGGCGUCGGAUUCCGCGGAGAAGCUUCUCGAAAGCUCCUUCAGCUUCGACGACGACUACUACUGCUCCUCCUCCUCCGAAGUCGAUCGCGUUCGGACGAUCGACCUCUUCCCGAUCACCGGAGGGGAUCCGUCGGAGAAGGAGAAGAAUUCUUCCUCGUCGUCGCGGAGGGAGUGGCUAGGGUUGUCGACGAAUGCGACGGCGUCAUUCUGGGAGGGGAGUUUCGGAGGUCCGACGCCGGCGGCGGUGGCGGCGAUGAAAAAGAGCCGGCGAGGACCGAGGUCGCGGAGCUCGCAGUACCGAGGCGUCACGUUUUAUCGAAGGACGGGACGAUGGGAAUCUCAGAUCUGGUUUGUGAUUGGCUGA